UUAAGUUACCUCAAGUCUUUAGAAAUUUCUGCAGCGCUCCUUCUCCUUCUGUAACUAAAAAGUUCUCUCUUGCAGUAGAUGCGCGGCAGCGCCAAUACUGAACCCCUUCAUCUUUGCAGGUGAUCAUGGAUCAGGUAAUGCAAUUCGUGGAACCCAGCCGCCAGUUUGUCAAAGACUCCAUACGGCUCGUCAAGAGAUGCACCAAGCCUGACAGGAAAGAGUUCCAGAAGAUCGCCAUGGCAACAGCAAUAGGCUUUGCGAUAAUGGGAUUUAUUAGUUUCUUUGUCAAAUUGGUCCAUAUCCCAAUCAACAAUAUCAUUGUAGGCGGCUGAAUAUUCAUCAUGAAGGAGGAGACACUGUGACACUUGCUGCAAAGAUUUCACAGCUUUGUAACUGGUUUGCUUAUUAAACAAGCUCAGUUUGGAUUUUCAAA